CGGCUCCGGGUCUGCCGCUUCUCAGGGGCGGGGUUGCUGCCGAGCACCUACGCGGGCAGUGCCUGAGCUGGAGCCUGGCUUUGUUCUGGUUGCUGCCUCGACAUCCUCCGGCGUCCGGUCCGUACUGUCGCCUCCAGCUCCCUCCUCCCGCCCAUCCCCCUGUGUCUGGGCCUGCAUCCCCUUUCCUAACCGCUCCAUCCCAGAUCCUGCCCUCACCCUUCCGCAAACUCCUGGCCAGCGCCCUUGCCUGGUACCCUUCUCUCCAUCCCUCCCUCCUGCAUCUUCUCCCCCCGACCUCCUCUUGGGUCCCUCUCUCCCAGGGUGCGGGUCGCUUCCCUCGGCCCCGCCCCUCCAGACCAGGGAUGUCCCCAGCAGCCCCGCUCCGAUGGUCCUGACGCUGCUCCUUUCUGCCUACAAGCUGUGCCGCUUCUUCGCCAUGUCAGGCCCACGGCCCGGAGCCGACCGGCUAGCAGUGCCGGGGCCGGACGGGGGUGGCGGCGCGGGUCCCUGGUGGGCCGCGGGCGGCCGCGGGCCCCGCGAGGUGUCGCCCGGGGUGGGCACCGAGGUGCAGGGUGCCCUGGAGCGCGCGCUACCCGAGCUGCAGCAGGCGCUGUCGGCGCUGAAGCAGGCGGGUGGUGCGCGGGCCGUGGGCGCCGGCCUGGCCGAGGUCUUCCAGCUGGUAGAGGAGGCCUGGCUGCUGCCGGCCGUAGGCCGCGAGGUAGCCCAGGGUCUGUGCGACGCUAUCCGCCUGGACGGCGGCCUUGACCUGCUGUUGCGGCUGCUGCAGGCGACGAAGCUGGAGACGCGAGUGCAGGCCGCGCGCCUGCUGGAGCAGAUCCUGGUGGCUGAGAAUCGGGACCGGGUGGCGCGCAUCGGGCUGGGCGUCAUCCUGAAUCUGGCAAAGGAGCGUGAGCCCGUAGAGCUGGCGCGGAGUGUGGCAGGCAUUUUGGAGCACAUGUUCAAGCACUCGGAGGAGACGUGCCAGCAGCUGGUGGCGGCCGGCGGCCUGGACGCGGUGCUGUACUGGUGCCGCCGCACCGACCCGGCGCUGCUCCGCCACUGUGCGCUGGCGCUGGCCAACUGCGCGAUGCACGGGGGCCAGGCGGCCCAGCGGCGCAUGGUGGAGAAGCGCGCUGCCGAGUGGCUCUUCCCGCUCGCCUUCUCCAAAGAAGACGAGCUGCUGAGGUUGCACGCCUGCCUCGCAGUGGCGGUGCUGGCCACCAACAAGGAAGUGGAGCGCGAGGUGGAGCGCUCCGGCACGCUGGCGCUCGUGGAGCCACUCGUGGCCUCGUUAGAUCCCGGCCGCUUCGCCCGCUGCCUGGUGGACGCUAGCGACACAAGCCAGGGCCGCGGGCCAGACGACCUGCAGCGCCUAGUGCCGCUGCUCGAUUCCUCGCGCUUGGAGGCGCAGUGCAUUGGGGCUUUCUAUCUGUGCGCCGAAGCUGCCAUCAAGAGUUUACAGGGCAAGACCAAGGUAUUCAGCGACAUCGGUGCCAUCCAGAGCCUGAAACGCCUAGUUUCCUACUCCACCAAUGGCACCACGUCAGCGCUGGCCAAGCGCGCGCUGCGCCUGCUGGGCGAGGAGGUGCCGCGGCCCAUCCUGCCCUGCGUGCCCAGCUGGAAGGAGGCCGAGGUCCAGACGUGGCUGCAGCAGAUCGGCUUCUCCCAGUACUGCGAACCUUUCCGGGAGCAGCAGAUAGAUGGCGACCUGCUUCUGAGGCUCACGGAAGAGGAACUGCAAACCGACCUGGGCAUGAAAUCGGGCAUCACCCGCAAGAGAUUCUUUAGGGAGCUCACGGAGCUCAAGACCUUCGCCAACUAUGCUACCUGUGACCGCAGCAACCUGGCUGACUGGCUGGGCAGCCUGGACCCACGCUUCCGCCAGUACACGUAUGGCCUGGUCAGCUGCGGCCUGGACCGCUCUCUGCUGCACCGCGUGUCCGAGCAGCAGCUCCUAGAGGACUGCGGCGUCCGCCUGGGCGUGCACCGCACGCGCAUCAUCACGGCCGCUAGAGAAAUGCUACACUCCCCACUGCCCUGCACCAUCUGCAAGCCAAGUGGGGACAUUCCGGAUGUCUUCAUCAGCUACCGCCGGAACUCAGGCUCCCAGCUGGCCAGCCUCCUGAAGGUGCACCUGCAGCUGCACGGCUUCAGUGUCUUCAUCGAUGUGGAGAAACUGGAAGCGGGCAAGUUUGAGGACAAGCUCAUCCAGAGUGUCAUGGGCGCCCGCAACUUCGUGCUGGUGCUGUCUGCCGGGGCACUGGACAAGUGCAUGCAGGACCAUGACUGCAAGGACUGGGUGCACAAGGAGAUCGUGACUGCUUUGAGCUGCGGCAAGAACAUCGUGCCCAUCAUCGACGGCUUCGAGUGGCCGGAGCCCCAGGCCCUGCCCGAGGAUAUGCAGGCCGUGCUCACCUUCAACGGCAUCAAGUGGUCCCACGAGUACCAGGAGGCCACCAUUGAGAAGAUCAUCCGCUUCCUGCAGGGCCGCUCCUCCCGGGACUCGUCUGCAGGCUCCGACACCAGUUUGGAGGGUGCUGCGCCCAUGGGCCCAACUUAGCCAGCCCCUAGUUCCCAAGUCCUGCCGUGACCCCCAUUUCCAUUCUCUCCCUAGAAGGAGCAGCCCCUCACACCAGGCUCCCUGGGCCGAGACAGUCUGGGCCCUUCUCAGGAAAUGGCUGUCCCUCUCCCAGGCCCUCACCGGCCACCUCAAACCCAGCUUCCCCAGUAUCUGGACAGGGAAGGGAAGCUAGGCUUUGCGGGUGGUAAGGGUUAGACUGCCCCUAAGCCCUGCCACACGGUUCUCUGUCUCGGGUGUGGGAGGGUCACUAUCAGUUCUGGAGACACUGAAGAGCGAGGGUUCGCUGCACACCACUACCCUCUGCCCUGCCCUGACGUUAGCCAGCUUCGGUAGGGGCGCAGCAGGCAGCCUCUGACAGGAAUGAAGGCAAUGCCCAGCCCUCUCGGCCAAGUGAGGGUCUGGGCCCGGGAACCAGCGGGGAUGAGAGCUCAGUGACGGCCCCCCACCUAGACUGUGCCUGUCCCUUGGCUCACCACUUCCUGCCACCCAGGGGCCUUGCCUGCGAUCACUCAGUGCACUUAGCCAGCCUGGCCUGGUCCCAAGUGCCCUCCCAGCCUUCCUGAGUACAGCCUCUUUCGCCAUAUCCAGGGUCAGGGCCGGGCUGCCUGCCCUCGCUCUGGCUGCUUUGUAGCCGUGGCUGGGUUUGCAGCCCUCCCUGGCGCAUGGGAGCUCCUGCUUGGGUCUGGGCAGGAGGCGCCAUGCCUCUAAGGGCUGCUAGUCGCCCUACCCAUGCCUUGGUGCUGUGCCUCCAGCUCCCUCCCCACCUGUCCCGGCUGGCUUCCCAGCCCCCGCCAGUAGUAGCCUGGGUGGAACCUGCAGCUCCUUGGAAGAGGCAAUGUCCUCAAGAAGGGCAGGGGGUGCAUUCAAAUCACCUGGGAAUUUUGUUAAAAUUCCAUUCAGGAGACCUGGGGUGGGACCUGAAUUUCCACAUUUCUCAGAUCCCCAGGUGAGCCCGUGCUGGUGGUGAAAAAAGGACACUUCACGUAGCAAGGCUCUGAAAUACAAAUCCCUCACACAGCUCCAGUGUGGCCCCAGCCCCCCACUCCAUGCGUGGUCUCUGUAAUAAUCAUCAGAGCAACCCUGCCCAGUAUCACCCCCAUUCCUGCAUAGGAAUCGAAGGAUGUGCCGUUUUCUGUCUUGAGUGGCAGCCCAGGACCCAGCCCCAGCCUCCUGGUGCUCAGCCCACAGCUGGCGGGACUGCUGUCCUGAGAAUCAUCGUUGGAGGCUGUGACCAGGCUGGGCUGCUGCUCCACAGACCGCUGGCUUCUUCCUCACCCUGAAGAACUGAGAAGUGCAGUUAGGUUCUUGACCUGGGGCCACGCAGAAAUAAGCGAGCAGGACCAUCCCUCUGCCCCUUCCCUGAGGAGGGUAAGAAGGCCCUGGCUAACCAGCCCUGCCUCUUCCCUCCUGAGAGCAGUGGGUUCACAGCUCCAGGCUGGCUCAGUGCCCAGAGGGCCUCCUGCUCUUGGGCCACAAAGUCAGGAAGUCAACCAUCUCACGCCAGGCUUGGGACUUCUUGCUUCCUCUCCCCUCCCUGCCAAAGAUGCUGUUCAGCAGGUCCCAGCUUCAACUUUGGCUUUCACUGCACUUCCUCCUUCACGGCACCAGAGUGCCCACCAGCCCAGGCCCUGAAUGUGACGGUGACCGAGGCAAACUGACUCAUAGAGCAGAGACAGUAACAAUACAGUGUGAUGAAUAUCCUCCAGGGGAAGCUUUCUGUCUUUCUGUCCCCACUCCCUCCCGAGGUUCCCCCGCAGAGAGUACUCAGACAGCUUCCCAGGCCCGUCUUUUCUGUUUGGUGCACCUGCCACCGCCACCCCUCCAGUCUCUGGGGAGCCAGCGCUCAGCUUUUCCCCUCCGCAGCAGCUGAAGUGCUGACCCUCCCCCUAGCCAGGCCAGUGUGCUCUGGGGACUGCCUCCCCUGCGGGGACAAACCGCCCAGCUCGGCCCCUUGGCGCUCACCUUCCGCCUGGGCUUGGCCUCACAGGGCUGGUCCUGAAGCAGAGGGCCAGACAUGGCCUCUCCCCCAAGCCUGCUCUGGCGGGCCUGCAGGGCCAGGGUUUCCGCUUGGCUGGACUUCAGCUGCUGCCCCCAAGCCCAGGCUGAGUCAGCUGGGGCCCUACGCCACCUCACCCCGCCCUGCCCCAGGGCCCAGGAACUACUCAGGGACACCCAAAGACCAAAAGUCCAGCUCUGCCCUAGCCGGUGUGGCUCAGUUGGUUAAAGCAUUGGCCCAUAAACCAAAAGAUUGUAGGUUCGAUUCCCAGUCGGGGCGUGUAUGGCAGGCAAAUGAUUGAUGUUUCUCCCUCACAUUGAUGCUUCUCUUUCUCUCUCUCCUUCUCUUUCUCUAAAAGCAAUGAAAAAAUGUUCUCAGGAGAGAAUUAAAAAAAAAAAAAAAGAAAGAAAGAAAAGUCCAGCCCAACUCAUUUGUCCUCCCCCAGGCCCAUGAAGAGAGGCAUCUCAUUUUAGGAUGUAUGAGGUGGAACAGAUCUCAGAACAGCAUCUAACCCAGUGCUGGCCAGCCAUGAGGAGACAAUGUGGGACA